AUGGCGACGGAACGCUCUCUGGGUGCUCUCUUGCGGUCACUUCAAUCGACAUCGGAGCUUCGAGACGCUAUCAACCUUCUGCCCACUGCGACCAGCCUUCUAACUCUUCUGGGAAAUCCCCUCAAUAUCACUUUGCUUGCCUCGCAAUUGCUCUCCGCUCCGGCGAUAUGGGAACAUCCUGUUGACCUACAAGCAUGUCGGCGAAUAAUCAGUGUCUUCAAUACAGCCGCCAUUGCGACAUUACAAAACGAUGAGCCCGCGGAAUCUAGAUUACCAUACACAAAACCUAGGAAGAUUGAACGCGAAGAUUGGGUGAAAGCGGUCGUGAGCGGAGCGGAUGAGAAAUCACCGCGUUGGAGACAUUUACUCUUAUUGGGUGGUAUUCUGAUCGGGUUUGAAGGUCAGAACAGACAGGGCCUACCGUGGAGCAUACGUACGAAACUCGAGUCUGCACUUGUCACGGCGGCGCAACUUGCACUUGAGGAGCUGGAUUCCCGAGACGGCCUCGAUGCGCAGUGUAUCACUUUGGUUUUGAAUCAUACCUUUGAGCUUUUGUCGGAUCACGAGAGAAGCAAACUAAGCUAUGACCGCUUGCUUCCUGUUUUGAUUCAAACAACAUAUUUCUCCCCAGAGGGCCUAGAAGGAGGAUAUUUUCUCGGAACCAUUGAUAAGGAUAUUGUUGAAGCACCGGGGAAGCGUUUUCAGUGGUCAUCACAGUCUGUCACUUUCCGUCGGGUGACGGCAAUCAUUUCGAGUCCUUUGAUAUCAGUUUUGGGUCCCUUGUCGCGACUGAUUGCGCAUUCAGUUGAGAAUGCCAGCGAUCCCACUCUGGUUUCUCAAUCUGUGGAUCAGAUUGCCCAUUUCGGUCGCACACUGAUGGUCCAAUGGCGCCAGAACAAGUUAUCUGAAAUUGACGCAUCAGAAGAACUCGAGUUUCUGGAUUCCGAGUCACUCAAGUCUACGAUUCCAAGCCUAUGGAAGCUCCUCCGCAAUUGCCUAUAUUCUGUUGUGAUUGUUCUCCGCGCCGUCCUGGGAAGGGUACUCAACGAUCACAUUCUUGCAGCUGAUAGGACUGCACCCUACCUUUCAAUGCAAGCUCUCCACGUCCUUCGCAACUUUUACUUUGUCUCAUCUCGUCUUGGUCAAAACGGAUCUUCGCAACACACGUUCGUGACACUUACGGCGGUCGAUAUCCUUUCACAGUAUCCGGACCUGGCCGAGAAUUUCCUACAGAGUGUCAAACCAAGUGAGCUUGGUCAGAUUCCACAGCACCCCAUUGAGCGCUGUCUGGAUCUCUAUUUCUUGAAUACCGCCGAGCUUUUCACCCCUGUUUUGUCUCCAAAAUGCAGUGAGGAGCUUCUAAUUUCAGCAACACUCCCGUAUCUCGCAGCAGGCGGGAAUAACCAUCUGCUCGAGAUUUUCGAGGCCGCCCAUAGUGUAGCUCUUGCUGUCUUCGCCAUUCCGGGAAAUGCAGCCAUAGCAGCCCGGCAUCUUCCCUUCUACAUCGAUAAUCUCUUUGCUGUAAGUCCCGUCUUUGGCUUUCAGGUCUUUCGAUUUGUGCUCAUCUUUCCAAAGGUCUUCCCUGACAAUCUAUCCGCCCGCCAAUUCCGCCUUGCCUUCAAGACUGUCAUUAAAGUGACUGCCCCUCCGUCACUCGUUGCAAAUAGCCAGCCGCUGCUGCCCUCUAUACUCCUCGAAGUUCUACACGAAAGAGCUCUAAACGCAUCCGACAAGAUGCUCCCGCAAUCCACGCAAGGAACAGCAGGUGCUCAUCAGGGCCUGGCCCCGCCAGUAUCCGAGCAAGCUGCCUUGAUCCUCGCCUUGAUAGACAGCCUCUGUUUCCUGCGAGUGGAGGACCUCGAGGAGUGGUUGCCACUGACCGCGAGUCUUAUUCACACGAUUCGCACACCAGAGAUGCGUCAAAUGUGCAUUGAGCGCUUCUGGGAAGCGUUGAGUAGUGGUGAGAUGGAUGUCGAGCGCGCCCAUUACUGCGUCACCUGGUGGAGUACAAGAGGCGGUCGUGAACUUGUUCUCUUCGGCAAUACAGCUCCAGAUGCCGAGGCGGGAAGACAUGCAGAGGGCGCCUACAUGAGCGGUGCAGUUGGGGGAGUAGCACCGGAAAGCAAACUUUAG